AUAAAAUAAACCCAGCCUCGCUAGGGCUGCGCUAUGAGCCUAUGCCUCCGUCGCACUUGUGAAGCCGCCGCACACUCGCUCAUCAACCCAGCUGCGCUACUACGGCUACAUUAGCAGAUCUGUAGAUUCGGAGCAUUAUCUUUUCCAAACGCAUAAAAUAUUGUGAUACACUAACAAAAAAGUGGCGAGGGUGAAGCACAAAGAUGUUGCCAACAAUACUGUUGGCACGUUGGUGUGGGCGGCAUUGGAAAUAUUCUCAGGAUAGGUGGCUGGUGCGCACGGUGCUGAGUUGGGGAGUGUUUCAUAUCCCGACGACUAGCUACUCCUUAGCUAAUCUAGUUGAAUUCCUGAAUAACUUCUAAAUUAAAUUCUGUUGAGCUCAGACUCAUUAUUUCAAUUCCGCUGCACUGUUUGAAUGUUAAGAUAUCAGGGUUGUGAAACUAAACCCUCUGUAGAUCCUUGGGGAUUUCCUCCAUAUGAUGGACUCGUUCUCUGUCAUCAUUAACCAUCCAUAUAAUAAGCCUUUUAUUUAUUUAUCGUAUUUUAUUUCCUCCCAAGCCUGGGCUGUCAUAAGUGGUAUCAGAGCGUAGGUUUUCUUUCGCAUCCCUGAUUGCCACAAAUUCUUUAAGACCGAGUCUAGAAUUAGUUCCCUAGACUCCUAUACAUCGCCAACACUCCCAGCUCGCCGUCACACCACCGCCUCAAGGUACGUUUCAUUUAGUGAAUUCAAGAUUUUUGCAAAUUUUCAAAAGUAUUUUGAAAUUUAUUCAAAUGAAAACGAGGCGCCCUACAAAGAAAAUAAACACUCCAACAACAUUAUCUUGUGAAAGGAUACGAAUGACUCAAGCAAAUUGGUCGAAGAGGGUUUUCCCGAAUCCCCUUGACCGAACAAGAACGAUUACAUGUUGUGGUCUUAAGUGCCACUACCAAUAAGAAAUGUUUCAAAAAAGUUACAAACCAAUAACCCCACAGAUUGUUGUAAUAACAUAGAAAGCCAGGAGUAUCUAUGAGAUAGAAAUAGGACCACUGAAUUAGGAUUUACAAAACUUGAGAAUCACAUAGGACGUUCGAAUGUAGAGUAUGGACCUUAGGCAUUGCUUAAGCCUCUUUUACAUUUUUGUUUAUAGUAUCUGAUAUAGAACUUAAUAUUUUCAGAUGGAACCACCCCCAAGAUUCCCCGCACUUAGGGAUAUGAUCGAUCAGAUGAGGCACACUCGGGACUUGGAGGAUAAGCUCCGACGGUUUUGACUGUGUCAAUGGGAUCCGGACGAGCCCUUUGGGGCAUUUUUGGGCGAUUCGUGCACGCUUGGCAAUUUGUGCGGACGAUCGGCGUCACAGACUACGAGGCCGGUCAGCAGCUGAUCCGACAUUUGCCUUUCGGCUGGAGAGACUGGGCGAAUGAGCAGUUGGAUGAUACCUCGACACGACAGCUGUUCACGUCCCGACCCCUCGGGAACUUUGUAUUGUUCAGCACGCGGAUCUUCAACAGGUGGGUGAGUUACAGACUCACUGCCCCCUUACCUGCUGUAGCACCAGUGGAGAUGCCCCCACCACAGUACCACCUUUAUCCUCCGAACCAAUCGGCAAAUGCAGCAGCCCCUUUCCCGCCGUAUCCCAUGGAUGGGGACGAGUAUGAGGAUAGCCCACCUAGGGGCCCAAUAGUCGAUGCACUGGCACCCCCACUAGUACCUCCACCGCAGGAGCCAGCCGAUGAGCCCGAGGUACCUAGGCGGUACCGCAUCCGCCUAGAGGAUUACGGACAACCCUUUGCCCUACCAGAGGAGGACAUGAUGGGGCCAAAAAUUAUGCUAGAAGACCCACCUAUUCCCCCAGCCCUCCCAGCGCCAGCACACAACGACAUUCCCAUCAUAGAUGUAGAGGAGGAUGAGGAUCCAGAGGAGGACCCCGCAGGCUUUCAGGAUUGGGAGGAUGAGAACUCAGCAUUGUUGGGAGACGGCUCUGUCACUGACUCAUCCUAGCAGAUGCCGCCAUAACUUUUUUUUUGACAAUUAGCAUAGGUGUCGAAAUUGGAAUUGUUUGAUUGGGAGCCGAGAGUAGAUAGCCCGAGCUAUGUCCGAACACCACUUAUCCAGAUAUUUUUGGUUUUGAUGUUGAAUGCUCAGACAUAUGUUUUUAAUGUUAUUAAUGGUUAUUGAUUUAUUUUGGUACUUGAGUGGACUCUUUAUCUUGUUAAUGAAUGUGCGUAUUUAUUUUUAUAACGGGUUUUAAUUUCUAUUAAUCAAUAAAAACAUGCACUAUAGAAUGGAAAACUACGAUUAUGAAUUCGAUGCUGAGAUCCCAGAGGAAGGUCCCCUCAUUGGUGGUCGUGGUCGUGGUCGUGGUCGUUGACGGGGACGUGGGCGCGGCCGAGGACGCGAAGGCCAAGGAGGAGGAUAUGACUAUGAAAACUUUGUACCUCCAGUAAUUCCUGACCGCACUGCCGUCGAAAAAUUUAGGAAUGAGAAACCCCCGACUUUCGACGGAAUGGGUGGACCCGAAGACGCUGAAAGAUGGAUAAGGGCGGUGGAACGAAUCUUCCACUACAUAAACUGUGAGGACAAUGAGAAGGUUAAGUGCGCCACGUACCAACUCGUGGACGAGGCAGAUUUCUGGUGGGAGUCGGUGAAGAACACCAUGACUGAGGAACAGCUUGGGGAGCUAACCUGGGCGGAAUUUAAGACCAAGCUAUUUGAGAAAUAUAUACCAGAGUGCUACCGUCAAAGAAAGCAAAAUGAAUUUUAGAAUCUGAAGCAGAGAAACAUGAUGGUAUCUGAGUAUGACCGGACUUUCAACCAAUUGUCCCGUUAUGCUCCACACCUGGUGGACACAGACGAAAAGCGGACAGAAAAAUUCUGAAAUGGUCUGCGCCAUGAAAUUUCAAUCGUCCUUGCAAGCCAAGGAGGCCUCACCUAUGGCCAAACCUUGAACAGGGCACUCACCAUCGAGUCACUAUUGCCUAAGGAGAAGGCAAAGGCCCCUGCCCAAUCUGCUCACCCACCGUGCGCACCAACCGCCUAACCUGAAAAACAUUUAAAAUAAUUUGGGCUGAGUACUAAUGUACUCAGUGGGCACAGGUUUUCGAAAUAUUUAUAUGAAGUAAUCGAAACAGUUUAUCCAAUAUCAAAAUCGUGACUUAGAAGGUUUUAAAACGGAAUCCCACUUCUAAGCAUGACAAAAAUAUUUUCUUGUUGAGGGCGCCCAUGUACGUUCGAUUGUUACUCACUUUCUCCCCACAUUCACUGAUCUCGGGACGCACCCAGUCAGAUCCAAAAUCUGUUAUUGAUCUCGGGACGCACCCGGUCAGAAUCAAUAGUCAUAACUGUGCUCCGGAUAACCUCCUGUCAAACACCCACCCUUAUAACGUUCUAAAUCUGUUAGUGCAUGAUGGCGAUCAACCCAUUGAGCCACUAACCCUGUGUACACAAUCCUUAUUUAGCGUGUUAGGCCAAAUGAGAAUCUCGAUCGAUACUAAAGCGAGCCUUAAACAAUUACAAAACGCACAUAAAAACAUUUAUAUUGGAUAAACAGAUAAUUUUCAUGAAAUAUCAGAGCUUAUAUAACUCAAGAUACAUUGUAUGUAAAUAAAACCCACCUCGAUGUGGAGAUUCAGUGCUUACUCUGCUUGAAGCUCUAAUGCCCUUGGUUACUCGAACCUAUAAGAAAUCUAUUCUUAAAUAGGUCUCGAGGUGUCAUCCUAAUUUUCUAAGUAAAGUGGGGAUUGCUAACUAUUGAUACAUUUUGCCCGAAAAAAAAAUCUCUAUAAGUGAAUCAAUAAAUUCUUAAUACAUAAUUAGUAAUUUAAUAAAUAUAAUUACCGCUAAAUUUAUAAAUGAUUAAUAAUUUUAAAGAUAAUAUAAAUCCUUAAUAUUGGGAGAAAAAUUAGUAAUAUUUAUUAAAUCAUUUACAUACCCAAAAUAAUAAUUAAGUCCAAGAAAAUAAUUUGAGGAAAAACCUACAAUGACUUAAUAAGGCCCAAGCAUAAAAUAAAAACUGAGCCCAUAACUUUCAUUAGAUAACAGCCCACUCAGAAAUAAAGUUGGCCCAUUGAAAUUAAUAAGACAGAUCCAAAUAAAUAAAACCAAAGGAGCCCAAAAUUUAACUCAUCUGCAGAAUCCAACUGGAAUAAAAAAUUAUGCAGUAUCCAUCUUUAUUAAUUACACUUUCGAUCUGCUAACUUGUUGAUCCACCCAAAAAUGUAGAGUUUGUUGUUGGAUCAUCUCCCAUAGGCCACCAUUAAUCCGACAUGACACACAACCCCCCACAUCUCAAAUCACUAUAUACCUACCACCAUUAAAGUUUCUUGGAUGGGGCAAGCCACAAACACCAUCAAAAAUUAAUCUAUAAAUAAAAUUGUACCACAUAAACCUCGACACCACCAAAUCUAACUUCACCAUCUUCCUACAUUCUUGAAUCAUAAAAUGAGUUUCUCACACGAAGAGCUGCAAAAACAAUUCCUCUACAAUCGCAAAUGGGAUUCCCGAAAAGACAAGAUGCUGAUCUCAUCCUUGUUGGCUAAGAAGGAGGCUUGUAAGCCACAUCUCCCUACUGAGUCGCCGCAUGCUAUUGUGGCCGCCAUGAACGCUGUUAAUGAUGUCUACAAGGCGGGCUUGCGUGCACUCGACGUCGUGAAGCGCAUUCAGUUCCUCCGGAAGUGCUACCUCACGUUUGCCGAGCUAGCGAACAGGGCUGAUACUUUUUGGGAGCUCCCAAGAAACAUCGUGCACGCCGACGAAGCUGUGUGGACUCGUCUAGUCCAGGAGAAGAGAUUAUAUGAAGCUUAUCGCCAUUUAGGAGAACCAUUAUACUUCAUGCUCGUGCAGCUUUUCAGCCCCACCGACGUGAAGCUUGAGAACAGCACCAGCACGGGGUGGCCAGAGGACAGCACUGAAGCUCUAGAGGACAACACAGAAGUCCUAGAGGACAGCACAUAAGUCCUAGAGGACAGCUCUUCCGACGACGAGAUCGUCUCACCAAUUGCUAAAGCUACUUCCCAUGUGGUGCGCAAGCUCUACGAUGACGGUGCAUCUUCAAGUGCCUCUCCGAAUUCCAGCUCUCACGGCCUCCCAGCGACAUUUCCACCAACCCUCUCCUCUGACUUCGCUAACAAUCCCGACGCCGGUAAGGAUGGCAAGUAGGUCCAGCCAUCCUAUGAAAGUUUUUUGUUGUUAGCUUUCCCCCUUAGGGGCUCCCACUUGCAUUUUUUGUGAUCGCAAAUGGUUAAGGGAGUUCCCCUUUUGUCAAUGAUGUCUAGGGGGUCUGUUAGUUGUUUCCUCCAAUUGAAUAUGUAUAUAAACUAUCAAGUAUGAAGCUUGUUUAUUGCCCGAA